CCUCUUUUCUUUUCGUCAAUGCGAAGAAACUGCGUUGCUGGGGAUUUUUUUUUUUUAAAAACCAAAAUAUGUCUUAGUUUGUCGGCUCACUGGACGCUAUCCUGUCACAUGUAUUCGGAUACCGACUAUGUAUCCAUUUUUAGACGACUUCCACCGCGAGAAGCAUUUUAACGCCGGUGAAUGUCGGUUGUGUUGUGGAUGCGAGUAAAAUCGGACGAGCCAAUUCGUAUUAUUUUGCUCAGAGGACAUCUGUAAGAAGGCACUGCGUGUUUGUUCCUCAUCAACGAGUCCUUAUGCUUGACAGAAGCUGCAGCCUGUGUCUCACAGAAUGGGUGGUGUAGAUUUCAAGAGAUUUGUAGACCUGCACCAGCACUCUGUGCUUUGCUGUGGUGUUCAAAUCUUUAACAAAGGAACACCUCCUAUUCACCUUCUCCAGUCUAACCACUGUGUGUACGAAGACUAAGCAACAAGGAAAGGAAUUUAAGUUUUUUUUUUUUUUUUUUUUUUUAAACAAAUAAAUCCCAAAUAUUGCUUAAACAAAAGCCCCUUAGCCGACAUGGAAGUCUCCCUAUUUUAAUUUUUCAGUUCUAGUCUUCCUGUGCUCUUUGUGUGGGAUGUCGGAAAAGCCUGAUGACAAAAUGGUGAAAUUCCUGGCUCCCCCUCCGAAGAGUGGAAAUGGUCCGAGCUCUGGGUCGGACUCGAUGGUUAAUGAAUCCCGUCCAACUGAAGUGAGGCGGCGGCAUCACACCAUGGAGCGUGACCGCUGCAACUCCGAACACCGAUUCUUGCGCCGCAGUGUCAUCAGCGACUCCAAUGCCACGGCUUUGGCCCUCCCUUUGCCCAGCAGGAUACCAAUACCUGCCGUUCAAAGGAACCCACCGCGAGAGGUCCCGGCGCUGCGCCAACAGGCCGCCGUUCACCGCACUUCGCAGGUCGAACCAAGCGUGCCUCGAAAAGCGGAGUCCGCCGAGACUCUGGAAAGCGGAGAGCCAAAAGACACGGAAAUUGCCAAGGUGAACGCCGUGCCUACCAAACAGGCGUCGACCAUUAUACAGGAUGUCUGUGAUGCGGAAUCAGUGGCGGAAACCCAGUCGUCGCCGGAAUUGAGGCAAAGCGAGCCGGACAACUCCGCUUACACAAAGGUAUCGCAAGAAGGUGACGGUGAGGAUGAAGAAAAGGAUGCUGCCAAGGCUCGUGCAGAGGCUGAACAGAGGGAAGCGGAAAAGAAAGUGCAGGAGGACAUCGAAGAGGCUGAGACCAAAGCGGUGGGAACAUCACCAGAUGGGCGCUUCCUGAAGUUUGACAUCGAAAUUGGACGUGGCUCUUUCAAGACCGUCUACAAGGGCUUGGAUACGGAGACCACUGUGGAGGUGGCUUGGUGUGAGUUGCAGGACCGAAAACUGUCCAAGACUGAGCGGCAGCGCUUUAAGGAGGAAGCAGGAAUGUUAAAGGGACUUCAACAUCCCAACAUUGUCCGCUUUUACGACUCCUGGGAGGGACCUUCCAAGGGCAAGAAGUGUAUUGUUCUGGUUACGGAGCUCAUGACUUCUGGAACACUCAAAACGUAUCUGAAGAGGUUCAAGGUGAUGAAGAUUAAAGUGCUCCGGAGCUGGUGUCGGCAGAUUCUCAAGGGGCUCCACUUCCUCCACACACGGGCACCUCCAAUCAUUCACCGCGACCUGAAGUGCGACAACAUUUUCAUCACGGGCCCAACGGGAUCCGUAAAGAUUGGCGACCUUGGGCUGGCCACAUUAAAGCGUGCAUCCUUUGCCAAGAGUGUUAUAGGUACCCCUGAGUUCAUGGCGCCUGAGAUGUAUGAGGAGAAGUACGACGAGUCAGUGGAUGUGUAUGCCUUUGGAAUGUGCAUGCUGGAGAUGGCCACCUCAGAGUACCCUUACUCAGAGUGCCAGAAUGCUGCACAGAUCUACCGCAGAGUGACCAGCGGGGUGAAGCCGGGUAGCUUUGACAAGGUGGCUAUUCCCGAGGUGAAGGAGAUCAUCGAGGGAUGUAUUCGUCAGAACAAGGAUGAGAGGUACUCGAUCAAGGACCUUCUGAACCACGCCUUCUUCCAAGAGGACACAGGUGUGCGCGUGGAAUUGGCUGAAGAGGAUGACGGAGAGAUGGAAGCGAUUAAGUUGUGGCUGAGAAUUGAGGACAUCAAGAAGCUAAAAGGAAAGUACAAAGACAACGAAGCGAUAGAAUUUUCAUUCGACCUCAACAAGGACGUCCCGGAUGACGUGGCUCAGGAAAUGGUUGACUCUGGGUAUGUUUGCGAUGGUGACCACAAGACUAUUGCCAAGGCCAUCAAGGACAGAGUCUCCCUCAUCAGUCGCAAGAGAGCACAACGACAGCAAGUCAGAGAAGAUCAGGAGAAGAGAAUAAUUGAAGAAGAACAACAGGGUCCGAUACAACCGGCACCGCAACCAAGCCACCCACCCGGCAAAGAGAUUCCUCUGUCCCAAUCGGUGCCACAGCCUGCCACCUAUGUUCCUCCUCCACUAGCCAACCAACACAGCACACCCAUGUCAACUCAGCCAGCGUCUCAGCAGAGCCUUCCAAGCGCUGCCUACAAUACUUCUCAACCGACCCAGCUGACCAGCUUGACGCAAGGCGUCUCUUAUGUCCCCCAGUCGGCUGGGCAAGUCCCAAUUCAGGGUCCGAAUUUGGCUACCAGUCAGCCGGAGUCAGAAGAGCCUGAGGCUGAUCCCCAUCAGCACAGUGGCGGAGUCCCACUCAUGGGCGACAGAGCAUGUGGUUCUGAGGUUCAGCCUGCCCAGCCCGGAAUGUCCUACUGCGCCCCUCCCAGUCAACAGCUUCAGCCCCAAGUGCCGUGCCCUCAGCCCCAAAAUGAGCAAAUGCAGCAGCAGCAGCAUAUGUCAAUGGUUCAACCCCAGAUGCCAGGUGUCCAGACUGAACUCGCUCCCACAGGUCCCAGCAGCCAAUCUGUCCCAGUGGUACCACAGCAAUACGGAGUAUACUACCAACCAUCACUUCCCCCUAAGAUUUCCACCCAGCAGGGGAUAAUACCUGCAUCUUCUCAAUCAUCCCCUCCUCCACCGCAACUGCAACAACAACAACAGCAGCAGCAGCAGCCAGAGAACAACACAGCCCAUCAAGGCUCCUCUUUACCACAAGCACCGGCUGGAACUCAACCAUUACAGGCCUCUGCCAGUCAGUCAACACCAGCUGAGCAGUCGUCAGUGCCGUCCUCUCUGGUGCCGCCUUCUGUUGAGAGUUGUUUGUCAGAUGCAGCGUCAGGUCUGAGUGAUGGUAACGAGGGCACAACAUCAGGAGGCCGCCACGAAGGCCGCUCGCUUAAGCGAUACCAGCGGCGGUCCGUCCGUAGCCGCUCUCGGCAUGACAAGGGUGCCAAGGCCAAACUGAAUGUUCUCAGUAUCUCAAAUGCUGGAGACAGAGUGGCAGAGUGCCAGCUGGAAACGCACAACAGGAAGAUGGUGACUUUCAGAUUUGAUCUGGAUGGUGAUAAUCCGGAAGAGAUUGCACAGAUAAUGGUUGAGAGUGAGUUCAUCCUGGAAAGUGAGCGAGAAUCCUUCAUCGAGCAGGUCCGCGAAGUCAUUGAAAUGGCGGAUGAGAAAGGAGAGGGCAUGAAGGAAGCCUUUCCUCAGAUGAGUGAGCUUCAACAGCAACCAGAGCUUUCAGUUCCCAUGCUGCCUGGAAUCUCGCCAAGCACUACGGCACAAGUGGUGCAUUCAGCAGGACGACGGUUCAUUGUCAGCCCAGUACCAGAGUCACGUCUGAAAGAGCAGUUUUUGGUCGGCGAUGAGCCAGCUCCAGGGCCAACUAUGACAUCAGGCCUUUCGUUGUCCGCACCUUCUGGGAUUCUGCAGCAGGCUUUCAGCAAAAUGAGGCAGGAUCACGCAGAGCCAAGCAGCAUGAUUGACCCUACGAGUGUAGAUCAGGAAGCUGUCACGGGCCCGCCCGCCGACGCUCAGAGUGUCCUCGCGCCUCCUGAAGCUGUACCUUCAACCACAAGUUCUGGUUUCCCCACAGUUGGGCUCGUAUCCACUGCAACCACUCAGCCCCACCCCCCGAACGGAAGAGUUUCUCCUCCAGUUGUAUCUACCCAGUCCCAAACUCCUGCUCCCAUCAUAAGUGAUCCCAUGCCACUGACCCAGGCGUCCCAUGAAACAGGUCCCUCGCAGAUGGCGCCCGCAGUCACUGUCCCUUCCUCCUCUUCCUCCAUUUCUGCACCAGCGAUGCAGACAUCCGUCCCCGCGGCACCCACUCCCCAACUGAGUGCUAAUACAGGCGCUUUACCAGCUGCUGAGCCACUACCUUUUAACAAUACCGGUGCAUCUUCUCAACCCAUGACUUCAUCCCCACAAACGUCUCAGCACACCGCCUCUCAGGGUCAGUCAGUAGCCAGUCAGAACCAAGCUCAACCAGUCGAGAGUGAAGGCGCCGAGGUUCAGAGCAAAGCAGCGGGUAGAGAUGACAUCCACGCCCUUGACAAGAAGCUGCGAUCCCUUUUUAAAGACCAGAGUACAAGUUCCUCAAGCGCAUCAGUGGAUCCCAGUCAGAAUACUGGGACUUCCUCCCCUCCCACCGGAACAUCCUCCCCUCCACCUGGUGCCGCUCUGGUGCCUCCCUCAAAUCUUCCUCUCACUUCUGGGGUACAGGGUGUCACUUCACUGUCUACAACCACUCCAGGACAGGGUUUACCGCCCGCUGGACACGCCCAAACCCCUCCGUCUAAGCCCAGGGCACAGACUUUACCUACUGGUUUUGACCAAGCUGCUACUCUGCCCUCCGACACUUUACCGCCAUUCCCUGGACCAAAUCAGUCCCAGCAGCAGCCUCUGGGUAAUUUGGAUGCCCAGCUGAGGAGAGCUUUGAGCCCAGAGACUGUCCAGGGGGCCAACAUAGUCCAGCCUCCCACAUCGGGUUUAACUGUCGGUCGUUUCCAAGUGUCUAUUGCUCCUGAGGGUGCGUCCAGUGGUUUACCAGAUCCUUCCAGUGCUGUUUCCUCCUCCUCCCUCACGCCUUCUUCUACCUCCACGUCCUCUUCGUCCUCAUCUUCCUCUCCGCCUUCAAGCCCCGAGAACACCCUCCACCGCUCGUCCACGCUGUCCACAGCGAUGUGCGAAACAGACCAUAAUGCUGGAGACACGUCGGCCCCUCUCCCUUCUGCUAGCCAACCCCCCACUGUAGCAAUAGGGCGCUUUCAGGUUUCCACCACCACCGAUGCCAGUUCGGAACAAACGGCAUCCUCCAAAGUGGGCUGCUUUUCAGUCUCAGUGACAUCUGCGACAGAUUCCAGCCUAUCACACAGUCCCAGUGUCCAAAACGGACCGUCCACUUCGGACCCACAUAAAACACAAACACCUUAUAGCAGCGACAACGAUGACGAUUCCGGAACGGAGGAUGAAGCGUUGCAGAAAGAAGUUAGUCGUCUGAGAGAACGACACAUGCUGGAGGUCCAAGCCCUACAAACCCGCCAGAAAGAGGAAAUCGAGGCCCUCUUCACCCGCUUGGGGAAAACGGCGCCACCUUCUGUGCUAUCUCCGGCCGUAGCCAUGGCCGGAGGUCGACGCAGGCUCAAGAGCAAAAGCCACAAAUCUCCUCGCAGCAGUGGACACCCAAGCCCUGUAUUCUCUGGAUCUUCAGCCUCAGCUAACAGCGCUCCCGGCUCAGAGUCUCUCCCAAGACAAAGUCCACCUUUGGCUGGCAAAGGCCCCCAAACAGCAGUGGUAAAGCCUUUACAAGAGCUCAGAUCCUCUCCAUCCUUGCCAAGUCUCAGCAGUUCCGCCGCAGGUACAAGUGGGACCACCUCCACUAAUGGCUCUGGUCCCUACCAGAACCACUCUCUUUCUCUGACCCAUGCGAGCGGGCCGGCUCCUGCUGCUGCUGCCGCCGCCGCCACCACCAACACACAGAAGUGCAAGGGUACCUUCACCGAGGACCUGCACCAGCUGGUGGAUACCUGGGCCAAAGACAUCAGUCUUUCGCAGGGCAAGAGGACUCCUAAAACUGGAGCACAGAUCGCUCAGGGACAUGAUGUCAUCCCUCCUGCCAACAUGGGCCGUAAGUUCUCAGCUCCCGGCUACCUCUGCCCGACCAUCCCGGCGCCGACCGGCAACACCGCCGGCCCCCCCGCCAAUCCCUCCGUCCCCCUGGGCCCCCGGAAGGGCUCCCUGGGCCCGGUCGGCCAAGGCUUCGGGUACACCUCGCCGCCGUACAGCGCUCCUCAGUGGGCAGGACCCACGGGCAACUGCCAGGGAGGCAUGCUCAAUCCCGCCCAGUACCAAGCGCCCUUGACCGCCCCGGUGUCCAUGCACCAAAGCUACCACAUGGGGACCUCCGCCUCACCCAGCCAGAAACCAGUCAGCCAGGGGGGACCCAAUUUACGGCCGACGUAGCCUAGUCCAUUUUUGAACCCCAUGCGGAACAACCAGCUCUGUGUUUUUUUUCCCCCUUCUUUUAUUACUAUAAUUAUUAUUAUAAUUUUUUUUUUUUUUUUUUUUACAAUUAAAUGUCGUCCUCUCGGGCAGAUCUGAAGUCUGCCGGGCCCCGUCGGAGGGAGCGUGCAAUACACAAACACAGCGUCCACUCGGCCUGCCCGUUAUCUGUGAAAUUGAGCUGUGAUGAGCUGAUCGGUCAGCCAAAGAUGUCUUUAUUUUUCUUGUUGUCGAGGGCACACGCGCGCUACGAUAUUUCUGCGUCUAGACGCGUGAAAUUCCGCUAAACAGCGUGCUGUUUGUACGUCAUUCCAAGCCAAAAGUGGGACGGAGUGCUGGCGAAGGUGAAUUUGAACGAGAGACGCGUGAGAGGAAGUAGAAAGAUUCAGUAAGUUUAGCAGAAGAGCGACCAUGGCUUGCAAUAUAUUCAAAGGUGAAGUCAAUGCAAUAAUUAACCAGAAAAGAGAAGCAAACUGCCCCCCACUUUUCGUAACUGUGGCCUUAAUCCUGCGAAAACAUUUUUUUGUACAUAGAUAUUCAACAUAUUUAUGUCUGGUGUCAUUUGUGGUUUUGUGUUUUCUACACUUUCGGAAGAUUUAAAAAAAGAAAAAUAAGCAUCUUGGUGUUGAGCACCGUGAAGUGAAGACGAUGCUGCUGUAGAUCACAAUCCGGCUGCGGGUGUUUUUUUUUGUUGUUUUUUUGUCGGUUUACACUUGAACGAAUCCCACAAAGGUUCCACGCAAAACCACAAAACUCGUCACGAAAGUCAAAUUAGUUUCAGGUUUUUUAGUUUUCAGGCCAAGCCACAAUUAACCAACCGCUUCAUUAGUGGGGUUCCCUCCUUUUCUGUGGUCUUUUUUUGUUUUGUUUUGUUUUGUACGCAUCUAUUUAAUAAACAAAAAACGUUCUUUAUGGACCUGUAUUCAGCCAUCAGAUUUUGAUGUUGUCUCACUGUAAUUAUUAUUAAAAGGUUGUUAAACAACCUGUAGUUAAAGGAAUAUAAAAAAAGUGCAAUUGCAGGGUUUAUUAUCUCUCUCCUUUCAUCCUGCUGUAUAUGAAGCUCUUCUAUCUAAACCACCACCUUUUUCCUUUUAUUGUACAUACUGUUAGCUUCAUGUGCGCUAUCUAUUUUUUGUUUUUUUUUUUACUCCGCGUAGACACCACGACUCGAGAACGCACUCGCACUCUAACCCUGGAAAACGUGAGGAACAUUUUAGUGCCUUGCAUCCUCACUUUUGGGAAGAUAUUUGCGCAUUAUUCCAUAUUCUUGUAUUAAGUAUUUGUCCUUGCGAGGAUUUGGAUCCGUCAUUUUCGUAAAUUUCCCACACCCACGUACGCAAUGUGAACGCAGCGCGAACAAUGUAGAAGUUGGAAAUGUUCUCUUGAUUCUUCACCGCUUUUGGCUGGCUUUUUUUGUUGUUGUUUUUGGUGGAUUUCUCACAAAACCAUUUCACGGAGGCGCUCCAGUGGCCUGCUGGUAGUUUGGACGACUAGUUAAAACUUCUCUAGAGAAAAAAAUAAGUUCCUGCAAUGCAGAAUAUGCAACGUUUUAUAGGGAUGGCGGGUCGGUGGAGUCAUCGCAUGCUUAACAGAGGUUAACUGACUUCACCGCUUUUGAUAUGAGGAAAUCGGUUGCCUUUUAAGGGUCAUCGGCGUGUCGUUUCACCCCCCCCCCUCCCCUCCCCAUUCGUAUCCGCCAAAGUCACAGGCACAAGUGGAAUAGCGGCGUACGUAAUUCAAUGUAUUUUCUGCAUGCUGGCCGGCAUCCACUGUACAGCACAAGCUUUAAAAAAAAAUACAAAAAACAAGACAUGAGGCUACUGACACAAUUCUACUGCUUUCCGUAUUGACUUCCUGUGAUUCGGUGUCUGGUUUUUGUGUAUGUUUUUCACAUUGUACAAAAUGUAAAAACAAAUUAAAAAUAUCAAUUAAAUUGCAGAGUGUGGGGUCAUUCUUUUUUAAAGCCUUUUAUACAGUGGGG